AAACAAAAUUUUUUUUUUGUAAUAAAAAUAAUCUGUCAAAACACUUAUUGCACCGUAGACAAUGGCCCACGCAACACCGCAGGGCGUUAAGCUUCUUAAUGGAUUUAAACGACCAAACCGCUUCGAGAAGGGUCUCGGAGCCCAGCUGCCGGAUGCGUACAAGAAAUUCUGGCGUGAAUGGAAGUUAACAAAACCAGCGGCGGUGCAUUAUAUACCCAAGGAGAGUGAGUGGGAGCGGGAUGAAGUUACGAAUGCAAUCAAGCCCGUUCAAAGCGUGCCCUUCCCUCUCAUCGAUACACCGGAAUCCCAUCAGGGUAUAUGGGGCGGUGAGGCGGUGAUUAAAGGUUUCCAAAAGCGACAACCUACAAAGCGACGUGUGCCACAUUUUUGGGUGCCAACAUUGCGUCGCUCCGUAGUGCACAGUCAGGUGCUUAAUGAGUAUGUAUCGGUUGUUGUUACGGAGCGAACAUUGGAGCAGAUUCAUGAGUGUCACGGUUUUGAUCACUAUCUGCUCAAGAAUUUGGCAUGUGAUUUGCGUUCGGCCUUGGCAUUGAAGAUGAAACGCAAAAUUUUGAAGUCGCUACAAUUGGGAUGUCCUGCCCUGUCCGCCGAGCCCAAUCAUCAAAAUGAAGUGCUUAAGGAAUACACUCCGUAUUUGGCAUCAUAUACGUCUGAGGAAAUCGAUUGGUAUGGCCACACCUACCUCGAAGCUAUACGCAAGCUACAAAACCAGCUUCGUGCAGCCGAGAAGGUGCUUCCGCAUAAAGUCGAGUUUCGUAGCAAGUUAAUUGAACGAUUGAGAGAGGCGGGCAUCUCGGAAGCGGGUAAAAAGGACCCAAGAGAUUCUAUUUCUCAUAGCGACCACAAGGAUGCUGAUAUUGAUGCAUUGACAAAGCUUGAAUCUUCGGCAUCAUCAAGCUGGUUGUCGAAAAUAAAUCCUUUUGGCAAGAAAGAAACGUAAAUGACUCACAUUCAGUCAGCUUUAUUGGUUCUAUGUUGAAAUUUAAUAUAUUAAAAACUCCUGGAUUUAUCCAGUUCGUCAAAAAUAAUAUCUAAUUAA